GCAUAUUGCAACAAGAUUGACCCAUUUGAAUCACAGACACUCCAUUUACCAGUUCUAAGCUUCCCUAUAAUCCCUCCAUCUUUCUUUCACAUGCUUGCCUAUCUGGUGACACACACACACACACACACACACACACACACACCUGCAUUCUGACAGAAGUGGAGCCAAGUCAUAUGGAAACACAGAGAGAGGACCAUGGGCAACAGCGAAGACAUGGACUGAUCAUCCUGGACAGGGCUGGACGUGUCAGAAAUGUGGAAGGACAUCUCAUCUGCGGUUCCUCCGAUUCCUCUGCGACUCAUCAUGCUCCUGGGAUAAAAGCCAUCGACCUUGUGUGUAAGGAACACACCCUCCAGUGCGGGCACAACACCUGCCAGGAGAACAAGUACUGUACUGAUCACGCUGUGAAGAGAUGCUCAUCUGGGGCUGCUCUCCGCCAACAGAGUUACUGUGCGGCUCGGACGCAUCGUCUGGGCGGACGGAGGGAUGAGAGCAGCGAUGCUCGGCUGAGACGCGUCUUCCGCACAUCGCGAAGACGGAUCCCGGCGGCGUCGCGCGCCCCCUCGCUCGCGCUGCUCGUGGUUUGCGGUCCUCGUCGGGGCGCCGCGUCCACCCCCCUCCCCUCCUCCACCCCCCAACCCCUCCACCGGUCAGCUCUCCUCGGGACAAAGCGCUUCGGAGAGGACAGGAGACAUGUGAAGAAGAGCUGUGAAGUAUGGCAUGCAGACAUGGUCUCAGGCAAGAAGCAGAUGGUGACUGCGAUGUGUCCGAGUGUCGUUUCCACUCUCCUGCACUUUCUCUGCUUGCUUGCGUGUGUGAGGAGAACCUCCGGACAGAUAAAGAGGGAUGAGAAAUUAUACCCGGAGAAUUUCACACGCAUUUUAGACCGACUUCUGGACGGGUACGACAACAGGCUGCGACCUGGAUUCGGAGGCCCUGUAACGGAGGUAAAAACGGAUAUAUAUGUAACAAGUUUUGGCCCUGUGUCCGAUGUUGAAAUGGAGUACACGAUGGACGUGUUUUUCCGCCAAACGUGGGUCGACAGGCGGCUUAGGUACGAUGGUCCCGUGGAGAUCCUCCGCCUCAACAACCUAAUGGUCACCAAGGUGUGGACCCCCGACACGUUCUUCAGGAAUGGAAAAAAGUCGGUAGCCCACAACAUGACGGCCCCGAACAAGCUGUUUCGCAUCAUGAGGAACGGCACUAUCCUGUACACCAUGAGGUUGACCAUCAGCGCUGAAUGCCCCAUGAGGCUGGUGGACUUCCCUAUGGAUGGACAUGCCUGUCCCCUCAAGUUUGGAAGCUAUGCAUACCCCAAGACGGAGAUGAUCUAUACCUGGACCAAGGGGCCGCAGCACUCAGUGGAGGUCCCUCCUGAGUCGUCCAGCCUGGUACAGUACGACCUCAUUGGACAGACAGUGUCCAGUGAAACGGUCAAAUCAAUUACAGGUGAAUAUGUCGUGAUGACGGUGUACUUCCACCUGAGGCGGAAAAUGGGCUACUUCAUGAUCCAGACGUACAUCCCCUGCAUCAUGACAGUGAUCCUCUCCCAAGUGUCCUUCUGGAUAAACAAGGAGUCCGUCCCGGCAAGGACUGUCUUCGGCAUCACGACCGUGCUGACCAUGACCACACUGAGCAUCAGCGCCCGCCAUUCGCUGCCCAAGGUCUCCUACGCCACGGCCAUGGACUGGUUUAUCGCCGUCUGCUUCGCCUUCGUCUUCUCCGCGCUCAUCGAGUUCGCCGCCGUCAACUACUUCACCAACGCUGAGAUGGAGAGGAGCAAGAAGAAGCCAGCCAGGUGCCCCCCAGCGCCCAAGAGCACACCUGUGAAGAUGGAUCCAGACACUGAGGAAGUUCUACAGCAGCAGAAUCCAGAUACAAAUGGAAACCUGCGGAAACGAAUGAACUACAUGAGCCAGUCAAGCUCAAGCAGCGGUCAGAGAACUGAGGCUGGAGGUGGUGCCACAGCAGCUGCUGUUAGGUCUUCAGGGGUGGGCCAGACGUCUUCCUCAUCCGUAGCAGCCGCGGGGUCCUCGACGCCCUCCACCGCCCAUUCCCUUUCCAGCCCUAACCCUUUCAGCCAGUCUGGUGCCGGUCAGCCGGCGCCGACCUCCAGGAACACACCUCCGGCCCCUCCUUCCACCCCGACGCUGAGCGGGUGCAACGCAUCUAGCAUCUACGUGGGCUCCACCUCCCUCCAGCACCUCCUGGGACCCAAGCUGGAGCACAUUCAAAUGGUGGGAAACAAAGUGGACCAAACACAGGCCAUGCCUGCUGCGCAGCCCAGCACCGCUUUGGCAUCCAAUGGGACAAGUAAAAUUGACAAGUAUGCACGCAUUCUUUUCCCAGUGUCCUUUGGCGCUUUUAACAUGGUCUACUGGGUUGUGUACCUAUCCAAGGACACUAUGGAGUCCAGAAACGGCUAAAACAUCGAUGGUGCCCUCAUCGUUUUUUUUUUCCACUGCAAAAAAAAAAAAAAAAACAA